AUGCCACGAGGCCAGCGUGCCGUGUAUAGUGCAAACCGACCCCAGGUACGCAUCCUCGUACCCCUGUCGAGAACCUUGUCGAUGAUUGCUGACACAAUCCGAUCUCGCUUGGAUGACGACGAUGACGACGCCUCGUCGCCGCCCCUUGACAUGUCUCCUCCCGGCCCCAGUCAACCACAUGGCAGCAAUUCUACCUUGGCCGGUCCGCCCAGAGGACCUGGGAGUAUGACAAUCAACGUACCCCUACCGGGAAACAGUAUAAGUGUUGGCAACAGCGACGAUAGCGGCAAUACUAUCAUGGCCAGCCCAUCUGGGGAACGUGGGAAUAUGACAAUCAACGUACCCCUACCGGGAAACAGCAUAAGCGUUGGCGACGGCGACACCACCUUCAACGACGGCAGUGAUCCACCCGCCAAUCGCCGUACAAGAUCGCCCACACCGGCCCACACGACGAAUUCAUCCUCAAGCCAAACAGAUUCCCCAGUGGACGGCCCUCGCUCUUCAGGACCUUGCAACGUGUCGACUAGAAUGUCCUCAUCCUCAGACGAGAUCAUCAUAGACAACAACUUCGACAGUGCUGAUACCGUCCACCAGCAUAUUGGCCCGUUUGGGGUAUGUACAGCGGUGACAGCGUCAAGCACAGCCGAUGACUCCACUACCCAGAGAAUGAUGAAUGAGUGGGUGAGUGCUCUGAGGAAGAUGACAAGCAGUUGCAGUGGCCCUUCUACAGCCGAUGCUGGAGGCGACAACACGAACAACACCACGAGCAACACGAUCACCAACACCAUGAUCGUCAACAGCUCUCCAGCACAUUCCACGAGCAACACCAUGAUCCAAGCUAUGGGCAGCUCUGAGGGCGGCAACAACACAACGAUCGUUACCAACUCUUCAGGGCAGUCCGAGGAAGACAACUCAGCGGCCUUCCCGUCAGUCUCGGCCUAUCGCCGUAUCCUGGGGUUGGUAGACAAAUACACCGUCCGUCACUUCAGUAGGCAAAUACAGAUCCCGUCCACGCUUUGCAACAUUCUCACCAAGAGCAUAGGUUAUCACACUACGUGCACGUUGGAAGAGCCUCAUCUCCUGACCAGCAGCGGGCGGAUCGUUGCUCAAGGCCUCAAACCCCACACAAAGCUCCAUCCUCUGCAUGCAUUGACCAUCAGAUACGUCCACACUAUGGUCAAUAACGCCGCCACCGUGCUCGGCCAGCACGUAGCCAUCCUGGAUGUGGAACGAUUGCAUGGGUUUGUGCGUCAUCUGUUUCCAUCUCAGGACUUGGACGAAAUUCUUACGUUCUUCGAGAAUUUCGACAACAAACUGCCGCCAGACAACCUGGCACUGCUCUUUGCGACGCUCACUGUGGGCACUUUGCACAAGAGCAGUUUCACGGAGGGCACUUUCGAGCUCGCCACCACGUUCUUCGAGCAGUCUACUCAGUACACUAACGACUACACAGGACCGCCCACGUUCGACACAGUUCUCACAUUGUUUUUCCACCACAUCUAUCUCUUACAUGUUGGGGCGACGGAUCGGGUUAGAGCAGUCAUUAACCGAGCCAUCCAGGUCGCUCAUGAUCUGGACUUCAACGGAAAAUGCCCCGAAACGCCAAACAUCGGAAGACUCAACGAGGUGCAUGUGUACUUGCUCCUGUGCAAUGUGGACCUAUAUUGUGCCAUGUGCUUCACGACCACCCUGCGCAUCAGCAAGAAGGAAUAUCCGUCACAUCUGUUCGAGCCUCUCCUCGAGUCGCGUCCUAGCUUACGAACGGUCGUUGAUCUGAUUAUGAGAAAUGGCAGCGUCGUUGAGAACCUUGACAUCAUCCAGAGCUAUGACCGCAAAGCCGAGAUGCAUCGACUCGAGACCAGCAUCGGCAGAGUUUUCGCAAAUGCCGGACCGGUAAAACGUCCGGUCACCCCAGAGGCGGCAGUGGAUGCAAUGGCUCGCGGCCACUUUUCCUGGGUUCGGCUCUGCCUUGCAGCGUCCUUUCUCCCCUCGGAAAGUCGGUGGGUGCAGUCGAUCAAUACGUGCGUACGUUCGGCGCAAAUGAUCCUCGAGACAUACUUUACCUUCGUCGAACCAGUAGUGACCGCCACAGUCCUCCAUUUCCAACAAUCAGAUCCGCCUCCCGAAGGGCCGGUAACGCUGGCAGCUUUGUCAUCAGUGCCAAGUUCGUCAGUGAUGCCCUCGACAUGGCGCCAGGUCCAACGAAUCGUCACCUCGUCUCUGGUCAUGUUCUACGCCUAUUGGCAUGGGGAGUGCUCCGAGGCAGAAGUCACUCGUUUCACGGCCAUGGCGCUCCUAUUGCUUGAGCGGCACGAGGCGCGGUGGGAAGAGGCCCUGGAUGGCGCUCGCGGGUUGAUUCAAGAUCUCACCGUCCUCUGCGACAUCCAUGUUGAGCGCGUCGUGCAGACUCUGUUUCCGAGUGCGAACACCAAUGGGGGUUGUAUGCUGCUUGCAACCAUGUUUCGACGGUCAGUCCGAGAACAGCCGCUCAAGUCAUGGAGAACCGAGGCCGCCAGAGACGAGGCAAUGGUCGCUGUCGAUGUCGCUGCCGCCAACCACAACUCUUGCACACUAGUCAUCUGUCCCCGGGCGUCUCGCAUGCCCUGGCAACCAUCUCAGUGGAAAGUCCAACCCGAUGACCGAGGGUUCUUGGCUGCCAUCUUCACCUCGUCGACAGAUCUGGGCUUGGUCGGCGCCAUGCCCAUGUACCGGAUUCGGGAUUUCUGGAUGUGA